GUUGUUUAUUUUUUGUUCUUGGUUUUGAACGCAUCAGCUGCGGUCAGCGCUCCGCCGCCCCACGGUUCGGCCUCUCUCUCGGCGGCCGCGGAGGGCGCUCAUUCUCCUGCGCUGUCUGCCCUGAGGUCAGAGGCCGGCUGCAAGCACCGGCCGCUUCCCCUCUCCAUUCCCUGCCGUCAGCCCGACGGUGUGGGGCGGCCCCUGCUCCGCGGCCACUCCUCUUACCGGCUCUCGGGCGCUCGAGCUCUGCCGCGGGGCUCGGGAGCGCGGCCGUUGUCCGCCCCGCCCCGGGGAGGAGCAGCUGCCGCAACCGUAGGGUUCCUCCUUCAACCACGGCCGCCCUCCUGCGGCCCAGUCGCCGCCGGCCAUGGGCGAGAGCCGGGGGCAAGCGGCCCUGCAGGAGCCGGCUGGGCCAGAGCCGGUAAGGUCGGGGCGGCGAGGCUCCGGGGCAGAGCUCCCCUCAGAGUGCUGCUGAAAAUGGCUUGGACCCUGUCGACGAGCCUCUGCUCAGAAAAAACCCCCGUCGGUUUGUCAUCUUCCCCAUCCAGUACCCAGACAUAUGGAAAAUGUAUAAACAGGCUCAGGCCUCCUUUUGGACUGCAGAAGAGGUUGAUUUGUCAAAGGACCUUCCUCACUGGAACAAGCUGAAAGCAGAUGAAAAAUACUUUAUUUCUCAUGUUCUGGCAUUUUUUGCAGCCAGUGAUGGAAUUGUAAAUGAAAACCUGGUGGCACGUUUUAGUCAGGAGGUGCAGAUCCCAGAAGCCCGUUGUUUCUAUGGCUUUCAGAUUCUCAUUGAGAACGUUCACUCAGAGAUGUACAGCUUGCUCAUAGACACCUACAUCAAAGAUCCUGAGAAAAGGGAUUACUUAUUUAAUGCUGUUGAAACAAUGCCUUGUGUCAAGAAGAAAGCAGAUUGGGCUCUGAAGUGGAUUGAUGACAGAGAAUCCACUUUUGGUGAGAGAGUGGUUGCCUUUGCUGCCGUUGAAGGCAUCUUCUUUUCGGGUUCCUUUGCUGCUAUAUUUUGGCUGAAGAAGAGGGGCCUGAUGCCAGGGCUGACCUUCUCCAAUGAACUUAUUAGCAGAGAUGAGGGUCUACACUGUGAUUUUGCUUGUCUCAUGUUCCAUUAUUUAGUGAACAGGCCGUCAGAAGAGCGGGUCCAUGAGAUCAUCGUUAACGCUGUUGAAAUCGAGCAGGAGUUUCUAACAGAGGCACUACCUGUAGGUCUGAUUGGAAUGAAUUGCACUUUGAUGAAACAAUAUAUUGAAUUUGUCGCAGACCGGUUACUGAUGGAACUUGGGUUCUCAAAGGCCUUUCAUGCAGAAAAUCCUUUUGAUUUCAUGGAAAAUAUUUCUCUGGAAGGAAAAACAAAUUUCUUUGAGAAGCGGGUUUCGGAAUAUCAACGUUUUGCUGUUAUGGCAGAAACAAUGGACAAUGUCUUCACUCUGGAUGCAGAUUUUUGAUGACUUGGCAAAUGAACGGUGACUGUUUCCCUCUGCCCAUUUCACUUUCUGCUGUGAAGUUGUCUCUGUUUUCUCUCCUGGAAUUGGAGUCUACUGGGAUUUUUUUUCCUGGGUUUUCAUGUUGUUUGUCAGAGAGGUAAAUAUAUUUCUCUAUGUGCCAUUUAAGGGAAAAAAGGGGGGGGGGUGUCCUUUUUAUAUGGCUUUUUAGGAGGAUUGCCUCUUGAAAAUUCCCUUGAUUCAUCUGCUGUGAUUGCUGUCUUUAAAAAUCACCUGGUUACAACUACUUUUUUAAGACUUUGGUAGUACUUUAAGAAAGCAAACUGUGUAUUUACCUCAUGUUAUGGGAUUUUAAUCUGAAAACCAGAUAAGGUACCACUCUGUAUAUAUGUUGCUAUAAAUGAUUUUCAUGGUUUCUGUUUUCAUGUUUAUAGAGUUGGUUUAGAAUAAAAGCUCUUCCCUUUCAUCUUGCUGUAGAUAGAGUAAUAAGUGAUUGUGGGGAGAUACAACCUGUGAACUAUAAAAUCUUACUAAAUCCAGGGAUACAAUUUGAUCUUCCCAUUAACUUGGGUUCUAUCUGGAAAUGUUUUACUCUGGUUGCAAAACCGAUGGCUGUUGGUGGGAGUUUAAAUCAAAUACAUAUGAUUUUUGUCUUACAGCUGUUACUGAGCAGGUCAGUGGACUUUCAAUGCUCCUUGAAAAGGCAAGCCUGUUAAUAGCAGAGAAAAAACACAUCCUGUA